GAAAUUUUAAACAGCCCGCCCCAAUCUUUCGUCUCUCAGAGCCAUCUAUUGCUAUUGAGGGAGGAGCCAGAGAGGCUGAGAGGCGUGUUUACUUUGUGGUUCCUGCCUGGCUUUUCAACAAGAUGAACCCUUUAGGAAACGCCCAGAUCUUAUUGCAGGGAGCCACUCCCGGGCAGAGGUUCCUUGGAACUAGCGCAGGCAUCACCAGUGCUGAGAGGGACAAGAUCUACCAGUGGAUCAUUGAGCUGGCCAACCCAGAGACCCGGGAAAAUGCUCUCUUGGAACUGAGCAAGAAACGUGAGUCUGUCCCGGACUUGGCACCUCUGCUGUGGAACUCCUUUGGAACCAUUGCUGCUCUGCUUCAAGAGAUCAUCAACAUUUAUCCGGCCAUCAACCCAGCCACCCUUACAGCUCACCAAAGCAACAGAGUGUGCAAUGCUCUGGCCCUGCUUCAGUGUGUUGCCUCUCAUCCUGACACAAGAUCUCAGUUUCUUGCUGCUCACAUCCCCCUGUACCUGUACCCCUUCCUGCAGACCGUCAGUAAGACCCGUCCUUUUGAGUACCUCCGCCUCACCUCACUGGGGGUCAUUGGUGCUCUUGUCAAGACUGACGAGCAGGAGGUUAUAAAUUUCUUGCUGACAACGGAAAUCAUCCCACUGUGCCUGCGUAUCAUGGAGUCUGGCUCUGAACUCAGCAAAACUGUGGCCACAUUUAUCCUGCAGAAGAUUCUCCUGGAUGAGACAGGCCUCAACUACAUCUGUCAGACAUAUGAGCGCUUCUCCCACGUGGCAAUGAUCCUGGGCAAAAUGGUGAUUGCUCUUGCCAAGGAGCAGUCUGCCCGGCUGCUGAAACACGUUAUUCGUUGCUACCUCAGGCUCUCUGACAACCCUAGGGCUCGGGAGGCUCUGCGUCAGUGUCUGCCAGACCAGCUCAAGGACCAGACCUUCGCUGGCUGCCUCAAGGAUGACAAAUCCACCAAACACUGGCUCCAGCAGCUCCUUGCCAACCUGGAGACCACCUCUGUACCUGAUCCUCGUAUUGCCCUCCCUCCCCUGGCAGCCCAGUGAUGUGGUCUGAUGCCAGGGAGGCAAUGAAGUGACCUGAUAUGACUUGAGACUCUCCUUCCAUGCCUAGUGUCUGGUGGUGUUGUGUUGAAGGUGCCUGAUCCCGAACGCAUUCAAGGAAGUGUUCAGUGGAGUUUUCUCGCUUGCUACACAAUGCUGUGAUCUUGGACACCUGGUCUUGUUGUUCUGACUGUCUUUGGUAAUUCUGUGAUAAGAUAUAUAUUUUUUCUCGCGGUUGUGUCGUGCAUUAAGCUUGUACAGAUGCUUCUUGGAGCCGCCACCGCCUGUGGGUCAAGUGCACGGUAUUAGGCUUUCAGAUAUGACAAGGGAGUUGGGAAGUACUACAUAGAUAUCUCAUUCUUCAGUGCAAAGAGACAGUGUGAAAGAGGACCAGAGACUCUAAGGUAGAUUCUAUGUGCAUAUCGUAAGGCUAUGUGUAAAUAAUGCCAAAUAUCAGGUAUCUUUUAAGGCUGCUACUUUUGGGGACUCAAAGAAGUUCUUCCUCCGAGACUAACAAUCGUACGUUUACUACGUUUUGCAAUAUUUUCCACGGUUUGUUUGGUCAUGUUCAGUGGCAUUACAGAUGGUACGUGACAUGGGCAGUUUCCUGUCAGUUGUCAAGGAGACCGUGAUCAAAAAGGGCAGCAUCCAUAACUCAUAGUACAGUCAUGGUAAGGAGUAGAGGAACUUACCACCCACUUACAACUUUUCCCUCAGUCCUAAGUCCUCUGGUCUGCUGACAGUCUUACAAAAUCACAGUCAGUAGUAGAGGAACUUAUCACCCUCACUCUUAUAACCUUUCCAAAGUCCAAAGUCCUCAAUCUGCUGACAGUCUUACAAAACCUGAAAACUAAUUCUCUGCAGAUUGGAAGACUUAGCACUGAGGAGAAACAUCAAGCACAGUGGGUGUAAGUACAGGUUAACUCACUCCUGAGCAUGACUAACUGAUACACUGGUGGUUAAAAUCAUGUUCAGUCAUUCAUGUUAAAUUUGAUGUUAUACUAAUAAGGUUCAUUGCAAUUCCUUCUUCAAUUCCUUGGCCAAUAUAUAUCAGAGCAUCAUAUUAUAAUUGGUGAGCUGUGAAACUAAAAGAGAAUAAUAUGUAGUAUUAGAUUCCCUACUCUGGGUUUUAGUUGUAGUGGUAAUGGUUACAAUUCUCCAUUUGAUUCUGCGACAGUAAAUAUCAAAUAGUGAAUAAUGUACCAAUUGAUGAGCCACAAGACUAAAAUGAAAUAAUUAGUAAUAUUAGAGUCCCUGGUCUUGAUAAAUGUUAGUGACAAUCAUUACAAUUCCUUAUUUGAUGCUUGGCCAAAAGGUAACAAAAUGAUGUACCCAUUGAUCAUCCAUAAGUCUAAAAGAAAAUUAUGUGUAAUAUAAGAUUUUCUGCUCUUGAUAGAUGUUAUAGUGAUAAUCUUAACAGUUCUCCAUUCAAUUCUGGACCAACAAACAACUAACAUAUGAUAUACUACUUGACAAACCACAAGUCUAAAAAGGAAAUAAUUUGUAAUAUACUGAUUUUGGGUAUUAGAUGUUAUAGUGAUAAGAAUUGCUGUAAAUCCUCACUCAAUACUGAGCAAAUGAGUAUCAAAUAAAUCACUACUUGCCGAGCCACCACCAGCACUCUAUGGACGUGAAUUGCCUUAAGGAAGAAGUCUUUACAAAUGCCUUAAUGGGUAAUGGGGCAAUAUUUUACUUAAAGCUCCCUAUUGACCUUAUUGUCUAGUCUUAUUUAUUUUUCAAAGUUUUUUUUUUUAAGUUUUCCUGCUUUUUUUCACCAUGAAUGACAUGCAAGACAAGUCAAGCACAAUAUAACCAGUCUGUUUGCUCACUGUAAUGCCUGUACCACUCACCAGGCUUGCUGUGCUGUUAAGAAUGCAUGAAACACACACACACACACACACACACACACACACACACACACGUUUCCACAAGAACUAAGCCACAUUAAUCUCUUUCUUUGACUGCUAGUGAAUGUAUGGCAUUGCUUUAAUACCACAGAUAUCACUCAAAAAGAAUAAAGCUACAGCCACUCGGAGGUUUCAGGUAACUUGAUCACUCUGUUUGGCAUCAGUGGUGGCUUGCAAAACCCUCAAAACUUGCACCAUGUUUCAAGCUUCAGAAGCCAAAGCACUUGCAAAUAAAACUACAGGCUCUAAAAUGUUGAAGUCGCUCAAUCACUCCUGCCAUCAGUGUUGUCUUUCAGUGUACUCCAAACUCGCAUAUUUGUUGAGGUUAAGGAGAUGCUGUAGCAGUCAAAGAGUUUUGUUUUCAGGCAGAUUCUGUAUUUUUUUUAAAGUUAUGCUCAUCAAUUUAAUUGAAGUCCUGUUUCUUUGUUUAAAAAUUGUGGCUGUGGUUUCUUGGACCCAAUAAAGACAGAACUCAGUAUGUUAGGGAUCUGACUGCCAUCGCAUCCCUCAUGGAGAGGAGUCGUUGGCUUGUGUGUCAUUGUAAAGUGGACUCCUGUUACCUAAGACUGGCCGUGUGUUCCUUACUGGCUGGGUGAUCUUCCAACUGUAUUUUUUGUCGUCAAUAAAGUAUUCUCACCAAAA